UUUUUAUUUGCCGAGGUCUAUCGGAAACAGCUCUCUACCUCAGAGGUAGGGGUAAGGUGACAAAGAGAUGAAGUUUCUAUAAAUUGAUCUUAUACAUGGAGGAGAGCCAUGGCAUUUGCAAGCUUUAAUGGCUCUCUCAAAGAGAUAUGAGGAGGUGUUCUGCUUUUGUUUUUCCUUACCAUUGUCAAGUUUUGUCUUAUCAUCGAUACUUGGGUUCUGUGACAAAACACAUGUCAUUCUUUUCAUAUUCAACUAAUUCUGCUGUUGAAAAGCUUUCUUGCCUAACUUUAACUGCUGCGAGACCUUUUCCAGAUUAUUCGCCUAAAAAACCCUCCAUUAGAGACUCUGAACUUGUGCAGCACGUAUCGACUUCUAUUAAGCAACGUUACUCUGAGCACAUUCGGCGUGUCUUAAAGCCCUUUGAAUCAAAAAUCAAACCUGACCACAUCGUUUGGGUUCUCAUGACCAUAAAGAAUGAUUACAAACUGGUUAUAGAUUUCUUUGAUUGGUGGUGUCAACGGAGGGACCCGUCAAUUGAGGUACGUUGUAUUAUCGUGCAUAUUGCUACUGCACAAAAAGAUGCAAAGACAGUACAUAGGCUUAUUCAUCAUUUUUGGGCAAGACCCAGUGUAGAUGUGACAGUUUUCUUCCCCCAGUUUCUUGAAAAGUUAAUAUACACUUAUAAGGAUUGGGGUUCUAAUCCAUUUGUUUUUGAUAUUUUCUUCCAAGUGCUUGUUGAGUUAGGAAGUCUAGAUUAUGGAAGAAAACUUUUUGAUAAAAUGUUGCACUAUGGCUUAGUUCUAUCUGUCUCUUCAUGUAACUUUUUCCUUUCACGUCUCUCGCAUGAGAUUGAGGGGCACAAAAUGAUGCUAAAGGUCUUUCAUGAAUUUUCUGAAGUGGGUGUUUGCUGGGACAAUGAAUCUCAUAAUAUAGUGAUCCAUUCUCUUUGUCGGAUAGGGAAAGUUAAAGAAGCUCAUAACUUACUCCUGCAAAUGGAGCUGAGGGGCUGUAUGCCUGAUGUUGUAAGUUACAGCACUGUGAUUAAUGGAUACUGUGCUGCUGGACAGCUUGAAUCAGUGAUGAAGAUCAUCGAAGAAAUGCAAGUAAAAGGAUUGAAGCCAAAUGCAUUUACUUUUAACAGUAUAAUUCUUCUUUUGUCUAAGAGAGGCAAAGUGCAUGAUGCCGAGAAAAUCCUGAGGGAGAUGACUUCCCAGGGAAUCACUCCAGAUAAUGUUGUUUACACAACUCUUAUAGAUGGCUUCUGCAAAACUGGGAACAUAAGUGCUGCAUACAGUCUGUUCAAUGAGAUGCAGAGUCUUAACAUUACCCCUGAUUUGAUAACAUAUACUGCCCUUAUUUCUGGUCUGUGUCAAACUGGAAAUAUUGCUGAAGCAGAUAAGUUAUUGAAUUAUAUGCUUGGCCGGGGGUUAGAACCUGACGAAUUCAUUUAUACAACACUUAUUGAUGGUUAUUGCAAGGCAGGGGAGAUAAAGGCAGCCUUUUCUCUUCACAACAAAAUGGUUCAGAUGCAGUUUGUGCCAAAUAUUGUGACUUACACUACACUAGUAGAUGGGCUCUGUAAACUAGGGGAACUUGAAACAGCAAAUGAACUUCUCCACGAGAUGUGUGGAAAGGGUCUUGAACUGAAUAUUUACACAUACAACUCACUUGUUAAUGGUUUUUGUAAAGCUGGAGAUGUGAAUCAAGCGGUAAAGUUGAUGGAAGAUAUGGAAGCUGCAGGGAUCUGUCCUGAUGCUUUUACGUAUACUACUCUAAUGGAUGCUUAUUGUAAAUUAGGAGAGAUGGGCAAGGCUCAUGGACUACUACGUCAAAUGUUGCUCAGAGGACUCCAACCCACAAUAGUUACAUUCAACGUUCUGAUGAAUGGCUUUUGUAUGUCAGGGAUGCUAGAAGAGGGUGAUAAACUGUUGAAGUGGAUGUUGGAGAAGGGUAUAAUACCAAAUGCUACUACUUACAAUUCUCUUAUGAAGCAGUAUAGUGUGCGAAAUAAUAUGUGUAUGACGUCAGAAAUUUACAAGGGGAUGCUGGGCCAAGGAGUUGUACCAAAUGCCAAUACCUUCAACAUAUUGAUACGAGGACAUUGCAAAGCUAGAAAUAUGAAAGAGGCUUGGUUUUUGCACAAGGAAAUGAUCAAGAAUGGAUUCACCCCGACAUUAGAGACUUAUCAUGCACUCAUCAAAGGGUUUUUAAAGAGGAAAAAGUAUUCUGAGGCGAAAGAAAUGUUUGAAGAGAUGAGAAGAUAUGGUUUAUUGGCAGAUAAAGAACUUUACUCUAUCUUUGCGGAUAUGAACUAUGAACAAGGGAACUUUGAUUUGGCGCUUGAGCUUUGUGAUGAAGCAGUAGAAAAAUGUCUUGCAGACAAGACUGAUAAUAGGAAUGCAUGAUGGUUGUCUGACAUGUUUCUGCAUCCUGUUGCU